GUCCCACACUCCCAUGCGAGCUGGAACCACGGCGUAUGGGGUCCGUAAACUGGAUUCCACCUGCCGGUCCCCUAGGACUACUAAAGAAAAUCGAUUCACAGCUUUGCUGGUGACAAAGUCUACGUAUUUUUGUUAUCUGUCACAUGGAAAAUUGUACUAGAAGCUGUUUCGAAGAGCGUUUAAUAUCCCCAUAAAAGUGAUCUGAGUGAACAUCUAGUCAGCUCUCAGCUCAGUCGUGGUUGUAUUCGCGAGGUUUUGCUUCACCAGUUGACCAUCAGUGACCCCAGUCGGUGACCACCUUGUGGUGGUUGUUACUGAUUGUUUUUGUUCCGAUAUGUAAGUGCCAAUAAAGGGACUCGUGCCUAGUGGAACUGUGUUCGCCAUGAAGAGCACACUAGGACUAACACUGAACACACUGCUAAUAUCAAUUGUGAUAGCACAAGACAUACAGUUCCACGUAGACAGAAGAUUUCCGAGGCGGUACUGUGGCAGCAGGCUAGCUCGAGUCUUGUCAGAAUUCUGCUUAUCGUUUUAUUCACCUUCUUCAGACAACAGAGUAAAGCGUCAGAUUACUACAGAAUGCUGCUACAAUGAGUGCUCAUUGGACUAUUUACUGGACUCUUAUUGUGCAUCUGUAGAUACAAUUGAGCUAAGGUGCAGGCGUAAUGCUAGGCUGUACUGAGAAGACCAGAAAAUUGAAUCUAUAUGUGUAUGCUUCAGCAGUGGCUGUAAACCUAACGCUUCUAUCCUCAAGCACGACAGUAGUAUGGACCUCACCCGUGAUCCCUCAGCUCCAGUCGAACGACCCCGAUGUCAACCCACUCGGAAAACCGAUCACACCUUUAGAAGAAUCUCUGAUUGGAGGUCUACCUUACAUCGGGGGAAUGAUCGUACCGUUAAUGAUGGGCAAACUGUGUGACCUCAUUGGUAGAAAAAGAACCUUACUCCUAAUCAUCUUGCUGCAUCUGGUUUUCUUUGGGAUACUGGCCUUCGCAAAGACUUUGUAUCUUUACUACAUUACGAGGACUAUACUUGGCGGGCUUUUCUUCUAUGCUUUGACAGUUAAUAACAUUUACAACUCGGAGAUAGCUGAAGAUAGUAAUAGGGGGAUAAUUUAUAGUACUAUAGUGCUGUUUCAUGUUAGUGGGUUUCCUUAUGGAUAUAUAACAGGGUUUUACCUCCCCGUGAAGGCCUAUACUUUAGUAUGUACUGUUCCAAUGAUCCUAAGUUUCAUUUUGAUACUGUUCGUUAUUCCAGAAUCGCCUUAUUAUCUCGCUAAAACAAACGAAACUCAAGCGGCUGAAGUUUUAAGGAAGUUGAGGAACAAAGACGAUGUUAGUAAAGACCUAGAUGUUAUCAAAGCAACUAUAGAAGCAGUGUCGAAUUCUAACAAAAAAGCGAACUGGGGAAUGCUUUUAACUGACCCUUUGAAUAGGAAGGCUACGUUAAUUUGCUUUGGAGCUAUGUUUUUGCAAGAAGCAUCUGGGAUUCCCGCAAUUAUAGCCUUCAGCGGUCCUAUUUUCAAUUCGGUAGGAUUGUCUGGUAAUUUUGUUUCAGUUUUGCUAGGUAUGGUUAGGUCAUUUGUCGGUUUUAUUACAAUCGGUCUUGUAGGAAAAUGUGGGAAACGUCUGUUGAUGUUAGUUUCUACAUCUGGAUGCGCCGUUGCCAUGCUCAUAACGGGAAUAUAUUUCUAUUUGGAAAAUAUUGGUUUUCAAGGUAUUGAAUCCUAUGUGCUAAUACCAGUGAUAUGUGUAAUUCUUUUUAUGUGUUCUUAUGGAAUCGGGCUAGGAAUAGGUUGCGUAGCUCUUCAAGGAGAACUUUUUCCAGAUGAUAUGAAAAAUGCUGGGGUAUCUGUAGUAAACAUUUGGGGUUCUUUUCUCUGUUUUGCAGUCACUUUUGGUUUUCCACUGAUUGCGUAUUAUCUGGGAAUGUACUGGCCGUUUCUUUUAUUCGGUAUAGUUAGUGCGUCAGGAAUCGUUUUUACUUACUGUUUUUUUCCAAACACGGAGGGAAAAAGUUUCCUCGAAAUCCAGGAAACUCUGAGAGGUAAUAUACGAAAAUCCUAAAGUGGAAACAAUGCGUUAUAUUUACUGUUCUUCUAACUACAAAUUGUUGCUCCAAAUUGUAUAUUAUUCUGUAAAUAGUGUGUAUUGUAUCAAUAAGUAUGCUAUCAGUAUUCUGACAAAUCUCGGCUUGUUUAUAAAAUAAAGCGUUACUAUACAUAAAUGUUUUUUUAAGUUGACUUUUUCCAUUGUUUCAGUACCAUACGUAUCUUCGAGUAUUAAAGUAAACAGCAGGAAAACGUUUCAGGC